AUGCUAUUUUACCCUUUGUCACUUUCGCCUANCCUCACGGAAAAAUUUAACAAUACGUUAGCUGAUAUGCUGUCUAUGUAUGUUGACGUUGAACAGAAAGAUUGGGAUGCUAUUUUACCCUUUGCCACCUUCGCCUAUAACACCGCUAAACAAGAAACUACUGGCUUCACACCAUUUUAUCUUCUUCACGGUUAUGAAGCUGAAACAACUUUAGACACAAUGUUUCCUAACCAACCUGGAUUUGAAACUGAUUAUGUUGCGCAUCUUGUCUGCAAAGAAGAAGCUAGACAACUUGCUCGCCUUCGUACCAUUGAUGCGCAAGAAAAAGACAAGAAGCAAUACGAUGCGAAACACCGACCAAUGUCUUAUGAACCAGGUGAACUUGUUUGGAUUUUUAGACCAAUUCGAAAAGUUGGGUUGUCCGAAAGACUAUUAAAGAAGUAUUUUGGACCUUACAAAAUAAAGCGAAAGUUAUCUGAUGUUACUUACGAGGUCGAAGACGUUGCACCAUCUACAAGGCGCAAAACUACAGACACCGUCAACGUGGUGCGCAUGAAGCCUUACCAUGACCCAUCGUUUCAAUUAGAACCAUAUGGAACCGAAAAUGCAGAAAAACAGAGAAGCUACAAAACCAAGAAACAAUCUAAGAACGAGAGUAAGUUGGAGUAUCGAGGACCAACCACCCGAUCACGUGCCAGAGCAGUCAAAGAGUGA